UUGUUGCCUGUCCAGAUGUAUCUCUCAAAGAUGCGGAGCCACGCAGCUUCUUGUUCAAAGUACCAGAAUUAUAUAAUGGAGGGUGUGAAAGCAGUAACUAAAGAACCACUUCACAACACCAGGAAUUUUCCAAAUCGCUUUACCUUUCCUUGUCCAUACUGCAGUGAGAAAAACUUUGAUCAAGAAGGACUAGUAGAACACUGCAAAACACUGCACAGCAUGGAUGCAAAACAAGUGGUCUGCCCAAUUUGUGCCUCAAUGCCAUGGGGAGAUCCAAACUACAGGAGUGCUAACUUCAUGGAGCACCUUCAAAGGCGACAUCGCUUUUCGUAUGAUACUUUUGUGGAUUAUGAUGCUGAUGAAGAUGAUAUGAUGGCACAGGUUCUGAUCCGUUCUUUGCGUGAUAAAUGAACCAAGUAGAAGAUUAACUGUAAAACCAAGCUCCCGUGAUGGGGGGAAGUGCCCAACUUCCUUGCAUUUCUUCCUUUACAUCCCAAGAUGAACUCAGGCAUCCAGAAAUAUGGAAGACUUUAAUAUCUAUCUCUUGGUUUGGUCUUUCUGUAUCAUUUGGUCUCUUGUUAGCAUGUUGUAUGUGGUUAACCACAUCAGCCUAAUUUUCUUACUAGCUUCACAUAAAGCUUAAUGA